AUGCCGGUGGUCAGCGUGCUUCAACACGGCUCGAGCCGGAAGCUCGACCUUGUCUUCCCACGGCGCAGGCAGGCAGAUAGAGGGAAGCAGCUCACGCCGCCAGCAGCACACGACGCCGAGUGCUGGGACUGGGUCUGGGAUGAGGUGUCUGUCGCCCGCUCCGCCGUCGAUCCCGACGGCUUUGGGUUGGUGGUGCGUGAGGGUGGCGCGGUGGACUGGUCGCGCCUCGAUCGCCCCGUGCUGCUCCCCUUCGUCGGCCGUGCCACCGAGGUGGAGGACAGCCUCUCGGCGCGAGCGUUGAACUGCAUCCUGCACGGGGCCUUUGACGUCGUCCCCUUCUCUGCGCUGCCGUGCGGCUCCGGGUGUCGGUUUGUGCUCAACGGAAUCUUCCUCGAGAGCGUGGCUGCCGGCGAGUCGUGCCACCUCAAGACGGCGGCGCUGCCGCCCGAGACGCAGGUGGUGCAGGUGCCGCUCUGCGACCGCACCGAGGGCGGCGGCGGCGUCGUCUCCAUCGAGCGCAAAGACCGGGCCGUCGUCUACCUGCUCCAGGCGCACGCCGCAGUGCUGCUGCACAUCCCGCCGCACAUCUUUGCCGUGCUGCAGUGCCACACCGACCACCACCACGCCGACCGCAGCUUUGCGACGCACGUGCUAGAGUACCGGCGCCACGCCGCGUCCGUGAUGAUCGUCAACGCGCACCCCGUGUACGGCUGCGCCGCCUACGCCGCCGGCGCAAUCAACGAGCCCACCCCCCACGCCCCGCCGACGUUCGAGGUGCGCCAGCUCGCGCUCACCCUCGCCCCGGAGCAGGACGGAGAGGCGCUGCAGCACUGGCGAGCCUUUGCCGCCGCCUUCCCCGACGUGCUCGACUCUGGCAACGCGCCCUUCUUCGUGACCGCUCAGUACAACACCGACUACCUGCGCACGUACGACUCGUGGGGCUACGUCGGCACCCCGUCGGCGGUGCGCCUCCCGCCGGACACCUUCGCUCGCGACGAUGCGCUCGCCGCCGCGCCGUGGCCCAAGUGCGCGGCUGGCUGGUGGAACCCGUUCGCGCAGCCGCUGGGGAGGGCCGUGUUCGAGCGAGCUGGCGCCCGGCGGGGCGGCGCCUCGGCGCACCCGGGCGUGCGCGGCGGGCCUCCCCUCCUCCCGGGCGGCGGCGGCGGCGCCGUGAGCUGGCGCGGCGUCUGCUUCCUCGUCAAGGAGGACCGGCGCGAGAUUGUGGCGGCGCGGCGCCGGCUCAACGAGAAGGGGCAGGGCACCCACCUCCACCGCUCCGGGCCGGCCGUGGCGGGCGGACAGUGGAGAGACGACUUCACCGACUACGAGUGGGAGGUGGGCGUGGUCGGGCGAGGCGACGGGGCUCGAGGCGCCGCCGCGGAGGAGGGCGGCUCGGCGGCAUCCCCCUCGGGCGACGCGCGGCGCACCCCCGCGAAGCGAGCCUCCGCGGAGAGCGCGCACGGUGGGAAGAAGCGGCCGCAGCUCAGGAGGCGGGCCGCGCAGGCCGCCACUCCUCCUGCGAAGAGGGGCAGGUCGCAGGCGGUCACUCCUCCUGCGACGACACGGCAGGGAACACGAGCGGCGCGAGCGCUCUUCUCGAAGUAG